CUUUCUUCGUGUUUUCUCCGCCACCGCGCCCCGAUCCGAUGCAGUCGCCGACCCACGCCGCCUGCGGCGUAUGCUGCGCCUUUCUCCGCCGUCCCAAUUCCCUCUCUCGCCUCGGAUACCAGCCCCUCCCUCCCGCCGACGCAAGCCCCGCUGAGCCGCCCGUGCGCGUGGUGGUGGGGAAGGAGCGGCGCGUGUUCUUCGUCGACCGCCUCGUCCUCGAGCGGGACCACUUCAGGAUCUUGAUGGAGGCUGCCGGAGAUCGUAUCCAGAGGCGGAAAGGUGCCGUCUUGGUGGACCUCGACGCUAUCCUCUUCGAGCACUUGCUGUGGUUGGUCUACCAUGAAUCCUCCUCCUCCUCCUCUGUCUCCUUUUUGCAGCUCAAUCUAAAGGAGAUUAUAGAUUUCUAUUCUCAAGAUUAUUGAGAUGAUUAAACAAAAAAAAUGAUGUUUGAAUACUCUUUUGCUUAAGGUGUUCGAUUUAUAUUCAGAAUCAGACAAGUGUAUACUAUAUUCUUGUGUUGAAUCAAUGUUACAGAGUAUGAUUGAAAGAGA